UGGAGGGCGCCUGGGCCGAGAGGCGGCGCGGGCCGGGCCAGGCCGCCUGCGCCGGGCUGGGCGGAAGCGGGGCCGGCGUGGGGGGGGCCGGCGCUUCCCCCGGGCCCCGCCCCCUAGGACCACCACCUUCCCUCCCGCCCGCUGGCCGGCCGCCGCCGCCACGGGCCGCCCGGGGCCGUUAGCGAGGCUGCCGGCGGCCGUUCCUCCGGGCCGCGUCGGCGGAGAGGCCGCCCCCUCGCCGCGCCGCCCGGCCCCUCGCAGCGGCCAGCGCCGGCGGGGAGCGCGGAGCUUUCCCGCCAGAACAGGGGCUGCUCGGGAGGGAGAGCCGAAGUCGCCGGGGAGCUCGGCUCGCUUCCACCCGCCUCACCCCCCGCCUUCCUUGGGACCUGAGAGACCUUUCUCGACCCUGCUCCUGCGUCUCACAUGCCUGCUUCAGUUGCACCCGAUUCAGUGGAUUUUCCUGACUAGAAAGCGUCUUCAUAUCCCCUCUCUGGUGAAUUAAACCUAAAAGGAGUAAAUGGAUUAAAAAAAAAAAAAAACAGGUUCAGCCGCUUCGGGUUCAGGAUUUUGUAUCAUUGCUAAAAUCAGUGAUGUGAAAAGACCUGACAUGGAUGAAAUUGCUGAUAGGAUGAGAAUGGAUGCUGGAGAAAUAACUUUAGUGAACCAUAACUCCGUAUGCAAAACCCAUCUCCUGUCACAAACAGGUUUUCCAGAGGACCAGCUUUCACCUUCUGACCAUCAGAUUUUACCUUCCAGACAAGGAAAUUUGGACCCAUCUUUUACAUGUUCCACAAGAAGUGCAGCUUAUAAUCCAAAUUACUAUUCAGACAACCCUCCUUCAGACAGUUUUCUUGGCUCAGAAGACUUAAGAAACUUUGGUAAGAGUGCAAAUGGCCAGUGGAGAAAUUCCACUCCAGCAUCAGGAUCAACUUUGCAGAAAUCAAGAAACAGCCGAAGUCUUUACCUAGAAACCCGAAAGACCUCUGGUGGAUUGUCAAACACUUUUGCGGGGAAGUCAAACCAUCAUUGCCAUGUGUCUGCAUAUGAAAAAUCUUUUCCUAUUAAGCCAGUUCCAAGUCCAUCAUGGAGUGGUUCAUGUCGUAGAAGCCUUUUGAGCCCCAAGAAAACUCAGAGGCGACAUAUUAGUACAGCAGAAGAGACUGUUCAAGAAGAAGAAAAAGAAAUUUACAGACAGCUGCUACAGAUGGUUACAGGCAAACAGUUCUCUGUAGCCAAACCCACUACACAUUUUCCUUUACACUUGUCUCGAUGUCUUGGUACUGGUAGAAAUUCUUUGAAAGAUCCAGUCUUUAAAAAUGGCAAUUCUUAUGCUUCUCAAAUCAUUGGUUCUGAUACUUCGUCGUCUGGAUCUGCCAGCCUUUUAACUCCCCAGGAACAACUGUCCCACAAUGUGUUUUCCAUACCAUCUUAUACCCCAGAUGUUGCUGCAUUUGGAUCCAAAGAUUCUGAUCCUCACCAUCAACCCCAGCAUCACUACUCUCUUUCAGUUCAGCCUGAUAAUUUAUCAGCUUCAAAUACACAAUCUGAAGGAUCAGACUCUGUGAUUUUACUCAAAGUGAAAGAGUCCCAGACUCCAGCUCCCAGCCCAGCUUUUUUCCAUGCAGAGCUGUGGAUCAAAGAAUUAACUAGUGUAUAUGAUUCUCGAGCACGGGAAAGAUUGCGCCAGAUUGAAGAGCAAAAAGCACUAGCAUUACAACUUCAAAAUCAGAGACUGCAAGAACAAGAAUGUUCAAUACAUGACUCAGUAGAACUGCAUCUUCGUGUACCUCUUGAAAAGGAGAUUCCUGUCACAAUCCCUCAAGAAACAGAAAAGAAAGGUUAUAGAUUAAAUGAUAGUGAAGAUGAAUUUCCUGAAAUUACAGAGGAAAUGGAGAAGGAAAUAAAGAAUGUAUUUCGAAAUGGAAAUCAGGAUGAAGUUCUGAGUGAAGCAUUUCGCUUGACCAUUACACGCAAAGAUAUCCAAACCCUAAACCAUCUGAAUUGGCUCAAUGAUGAGAUCAUCAAUUUCUAUAUGAAUAUGCUGAUGGAGCGAAGUAAAGAGAAGGGAUUACCAAGUGUGCAUGCAUUUAAUACCUUUUUUUUUACUAAGUUAAAAACAGCUGGUUAUCAAGCAGUUAAACGUUGGACAAAGAAAGUAGACGUAUUUUCUGUUGAUAUUCUUUUGGUUCCUAUUCACUUGGGAGUGCACUGGUGUCUUGCUGUUGUGGACUUUAGAAAAAAGAAUAUUACCUAUUAUGACUCCAUGGGUGGAAUAAACAAUGAAGCCUGCAGGAUCCUCUUACAAUACUUAAAGCAAGAAAGCGUCGACAAGAAAAGAAAGGAAUUUGACACCAAUGGCUGGCAGCUCUUCAGCAAGAAAAGCCAAGAAAUUCCACAGCAGAUGAAUGGAAGUGAUUGUGGGAUGUUUGCCUGCAAAUAUGCUGACUGUAUUACCAAAGACAGACCAAUCAACUUCACACAGCAACAUAUGCCAUACUUCCGGAAGCGGAUGGUAUGGGAGAUCCUCCACAGAAAGCUCUUAUGAAGACUGACUCGGCAGACACUGACCUUGUCGGGGACCAGCUCUUUGUUGUCUACAGCUGGAGACCUUGGAAACAGCUGCUCGCAACCCUCUGUUCUUAUAAAGCCCUUGAUCCCGGACCAGGCCCUGGCAAGAUGCAUUCACAAGCACAUCUGCCUUUCCUUUUGUAUCUCAGAUACUAUUUUUGCAAAGAAACUUUGGUGCUGUGAAAGGGGUGAGGGGCAUCCCUAAGCUGAAGAGAGAGAUUGCUUUUUAAUUCUUCAGUUCUGCCAUCUUGUUUUCAAAGGGCUCCAGCCUCAUUCAUUUUUUAUCAGAGUAUUGGGAGAAGCUUGGGAAGACUCUUGGUUUCAUAUAAACUCUUGUUAGGCCUUAUUAAGAGGUAGGGAAGACCCUGGGCAAAAGGUAGGGAUCAAAACCAGCAGCAUAUACAUGCACAUGUUAAUACACAGAUGAUUUACAGGACGUGUAGCUAGGAAAAUGACUAUUUUGGAAGUAGACUGGACUUUGGGCAAAUGCCUAAGUUCCUCCUCUAAGACUUUUUCUGUUUAGGUGCCCUCUGUAAAAUCUGUCUACUUCUCUUUUUUGCUUUUUUUUUUUUUUUUUUUCCCUAAAAUCACCUGUAGCUUUUUCCCAUGAGACAUGACACAUGAGCCCUUGGUAUAUCCCAACCCAGACAGUCCUUUCCAUAAAAGCCAAGGCAUGCAUAUGCACAUAACACAUGACAAUGGGAAAGACCCACCAAGGGGGCGGGUGACACAGCUUUUACUGCCACCUAGUUCUGACCAAAAAGGACAUCAGUCUUUAGUAUAAAAGUCCAACAUUGAGUGAAUGCAGAUAGUUUGGUCUGUGGCUAAAAUAUGUUUCUAACCACAGGAGACACACACACACACACACACACACACACACACACACGUACGUAUGUAUGCACACACACAUUUCACAGGGAUAUACUUGUUUUUAAAAGGCUGAAUGUGUUUCACCACUUUAUUUAGCCUGCAAAUUUAUUUUCAUUUUCCAAAUUUAGCUCCAGCACACAGAGAUCCCAGCCCCUGUAUGUAGGGUGUUUGUGGACUUUCUUAUGGAAUAUUUUGUGAGGCCUGGAUGAACUUUGGCUUAGGGAUACAAGUUACAGAGGGAGGUGAGAGUUCCAACUGAAACACGGGUGGAAUUCAGACUGAUCAGCGUGACAUUUGAAAUCUCUUCCUUUUGCUCCUUCUAGCAUCCCUUCCCACCCUCAGAGUUCCUCAGGCUAGGUAGUGAAAUGAUCCAAUGCCAGUGUCAUUUUGUACUUAAGUUCCAAAAUAGGAACAUUUUAUACUUUUUUCUGUAUUGUAAUAGGUAGUUUUGUAUAAAAUCUUUUCGCCUUCCCUUGUACCCCAUCCUUUACAGCGUUGUGCUUUAAAAACCCCUGGGCUUAUUUGACAAUUUUGCUCUGUUUUAUACCAAGCUUGUUUAGUACAUUUUUCUAUGUUUUACCACAGGUUACAAUUUGAAAAAGAAAACUAUUUUUUUUAAAUAUUCCAUUGUUAACUGAAUGUUAAUGUUUUCACUCCAGCAACCAGAUGUGUCCUACCUUUUUCGUAAUUGCCUGCGUGAGUGUGGGGAAGACUACUUUUUUUAUUUUAAUUUCUGUUCAGCCGUGUGUGCGAAUGCACUUGCUCCGUGUGUGCGCGCUCUCUCGCUCUCUCCCUCUCUCCUUCUUCCUCCCUCUCUUUCUUUUUCUCUCUUCCUCCCUGCCCCCGCUCUUUGUGCUUCCUAUAGGUAAUAAAUAGCUUUCUACAUAUGAGUUGCUGGGACCUUUCACAUUCUCAUUUUAAAAUUUGGCAUGCAAACUCAUUAUAGGACUCUUGAACAUUGACUCUUAGCAUAUUUAAGGAACAGCUUGAUUGGUGGCAGCAUGAUAUAGAUUUGAACUAUGAGUCAGAAGACCUGAGUUUUUCAGGCUUUCUCACAAUUGUCUAGGGGAACUCAGAACAAGAUAGUUCUCUAUUUUGUGUCCAUUACAUGACAUCUGUCUUACCUUCCUCACAGACAUGUACAGACUAAAGCAACAGAUAUUUAUUGUCUAGUAUAGCAGAAAAUGAAACAUGCAGCAAAAGCAUUUUGAAAAAUGUGUGAGGAGUUGUUGAGCUGUCUGAAUGUGCCUCCUCCAUUUUUGACCAGUGCAAUUAAAAAUAGCUAGUGAUCCUAAGACAACCCUAAAGGAUAGAAGUAGACCAAAUUUUGCCACACAUUGUGUUCCAGUAUGGCGUAGUGGGAAAUAAUUACAGAUCUACACAGUGGGCCCUUUUCUCUUCCCAGAGAGCUACCCAGGAGAAACAGGACCAGCAUCUAGAGACUCGCUUUCCUUCCUUCAAUAAAGGGUGAAUGAACUUUGAUGAUCAGGAAGGGAAAAAAAAAUUCCUUCAUUUCAUGGUCAAGGGUCUAUUACCAAUAUCUGACUCAAUCGACUCUAAGGUGAACAAGCCUAUUGCUUUUCUUCUGUCUUCUCCUCGCCUCUGUGCCCAGUGCUCAUCAUCACCUACCUCUGCUAAGAAAGCAACACUUCAUGGAUGAAAACUCGAUGCCAGGCAUAGUCCUCAGGAGAAACCCCAGCCUGCACAGUGACCCUAGCAUCUUGCAUAGAGAAAAGCGUCCCUGGCCAUUGGAGAACACAUGGGGUGAGUCAGAGGCUAGUUUCAUUCCAUUUGUUGUUGGGGGCUCACUGUUGAUUCAGGGAGUCCUGUUUAAGGUGGAGUACAGGAGUUCUUUCCUAGCAUCCAGCCAAAAGACUUGAUAGGAGUUGACCCAUUAUGUAUAAAGGGCUUCAUGUUUCUCUGGUGUCAACUUCUCUCUUUUUUAGCUACUGUAUUUAGAAUCUUCUACCCAUUGGCACUGGUAGGAUUGUCCCCAAAUUUUAGACAAGUCUUACCAGAAAAGAAAAAUGAAUGGCACUAGAGUUUUGUCUUUCAGUUGCUCCACCUGAACAGGUCAAGAUAAGUCAGAACAGUAUGCUUUAACCUUGUGACCUCAUAUAACCAAGAGAGAAAAGGUUAAGGUUAUUGGGGAUCUGAUGUUGACUCAGGUAUGACAUUUGCUCUUGGGAAAGUUUUCCCUACCUAGGAGCAAAGUCAUCAAAUUUCAGAAGGGACAAAUCUCAUCACCAUUAUCCUUCCUUGUAUUGAAGGUCCUUAUUUAACCUGUGCUGAAUAUUAACAUCUGCCGCAAAGAGCACAAAAAUACCCAUUUCCAGGUUUGGCAGGAGGGAGUGACAUAAAGGUUAAGUUCACCUCCGACUAAGAUAAGGGAGAGUUUACACAUCUUUUCUGUAAGAAAGAGAGAAUAUAGACUUUUAACUGGAAGAUGAAAUUUAAGUGUUAGUGCAGCCUGUCAGGGAUAAUUCAAUUUGUGAGUGGUUGGACCAGAUUCUAAAAAGUUACUGUCGGGGCCAGAGCGAUAACACAGUGGAUAGGGCGUUUGCCUUGCACGCGGCCGACCCGGGUUCGAUCCCCGGCAUCCCAUAUGGUCCCCCAAGCACCGCCAGGAGUAAUUCCUGAGUGCAAAGCCAGGAGUAACCCCUGAGCAUCGCUGGGUGUGACCCAAAAAGCAAAAAAAAUAAAAAUAAAAUAAUAAAAAGUUACUGUCGUCUAAGAUUCUGAAAGUUACUGGGAAGCAUAAUGUUGCUUGGAAUAGAAAUAUCUCAAGGGAGAAAUUCAAAGUUAAAAAUUGAAAUCAGAGUUUACACUGAUUUGGUUAAGGUGAGUGUCUGAUCCUCAUGUACAUCAUACUCUAUCCUAAGUUGAGAAGUAGCCAUCAACUGCUUGGCUUCUGGAGAUUGUCCUUGCACCCUGUGUAGAACAUAAGAGUGGGGGAAGUAGGGAGACAUUAAAGGGGUUCAGAAUCUUUAGUCUGCUGGGCAUCCCUCGUUCAGUCCACUAAUUGAUUCACACACAGAGCAUGUUCAAAACCCCUUUCCUUGAUGGCAUCUCUGAUCAUAUCUUCGAAUCUCUUGUCUGGAUACCUGCAAUCAGCAAAUAAUACAAUCCCACAUGUUACUUGUAAUCUCUUAUAUCUAGAGUAGACUGAGACAUGUCAGCAUUGAAGACCAGUGAAUGGUGCUUAUUAAAUCCAGGUAGGCAAACUGUUUUUCUCUGACCAGUCUGCAGAACAUAAAUAAUUUCAUCAAGUACAUAUCUAGAGGACCAAGAGAUAGAACAGGAAUUAAGGCAGUUGCCUUGCACAUGGCCCACUCUGGUUCCCCCAGCACCGCAUAUGUUUCCCUGAAUACUGCCAGGACUGAUCCCUGACCAUAUACUGAGGAGUAAGUUCCAAACAGGUUGUGAUCCAAAAGCAAAAAUUUGGGGGGAACAUUAUGAGGGGUUGAGAAAUAGCGAUACUUAUGACUGCACCACAGUUCACCUCUGGUUCUAAACCUGACACUCCGCUCUACCCUUCACUAAAACCUUUGCAGCAUCCCGGCAUGCUCUUCCGUGGCCUCGGUCUGCUCCUAGGGCUAACCGAAGUGUGUUUUCCAUAGAUGCAUCUUUCUCUAGUACAGUUUUCUCUUUCUUCUGUUUCUAGUGAUAAUGUACCUCCCUUACUGAGAUUCUGGCUCCUUUUCUGACUGCCUUGUUAGACACAGGUGGUAUCCAACCAGACUUUUACAUACUACCUGUAUCGUACAGCACUGUCACUCAUCCCGUUGUUCAUCGAUUUGGUGGAGCGGGCACCAGUAAUGUCUAUUGUGAGACUUGUUACUGUUUUUGGCAUAUCAAAUACGCCACAGGUAGCUUGCCAGGCUCUCCUAUGGAGGCAGAAUUCAGGUGAGACACACAGCUCUCUCACCUGUAUCGUAUAACCAGAGCUAAAUUCCUGGAGGACAUUUGCCUUUUGAGAUACUUAGGAAGCUGAGUCCCUUAGGUGAAGGAUGGGGUGAAGAGGUGAUUUGAUCAAGGAGAUAAAAGCCACCUGUUCUCAAGGACGUCAUCGCUUAAUUUGGGAGACCCAGCUGACACCAGCAUUCUAUCAAGAAGACUGAUAGCACGUAAUUGUGUUGGAAGCUGGAUGUGGAUGCUGGAGGGGCAGAAGUAGGGAUCAGCCAGGGAUGACAUUGCCCUUCUGUAUGACUCUCCCUGGUUGACUUAUUUAAAAUAAAUUCUGUGAAUUUUG